GGGAUUUUUUAAAAAUCCCAGAUUUUUGUGCUUGUUCUGGGGAACUCUGUUUCAUCCAUCUGGCAACCCUGGACAGUGACAACUUUUUAUUAACUUGUAAACGUUUUGUGUUUGUAAGUUUUUAUAUUUGUAUCGUUUGUGUUGUCGGUUUUCUGUUUUUCAAUAUUUGAUAAAUCUCUUAUAUAAAGAUGACUUUGGAAACGAUUCCUAAAGACCUGAGAGGCUUGAGGGCAUGCCUUGUUUGCUCGAUAAUAAAGUCUUUCGAGCAAUUCGAAUACGAAGGUUGCGACAAUUGUGAUGAAUUUCUGAGGAUGAAGAACAAUCGUGACAAUGUGUACGACUGCACAAGCUCUAACUUUGACGGGAUGAUAUCUAUGAUGAGUCCAGAAGAUAGUUGGGUGGCUAAAUGGCAGAGGAUAAAUCGCUUCUGUAGGGGAGUUUAUGCCAUAUCUGUAUCAGGACGUUUGCCUAAUGGCAUCAUCAGAGAAAUGAAAAGCAGGGGCUUAACUUAUAGGCCUAGAGAUACCAGUCAACGUUAAGAUAAUAAUGUUAUUUGUGGAGUCUCCAUAUAUGGGGCAAGUUGUUCUGUUUGUACAGUUGCAUAACUAUUAUAAUUUCAUUUGAAGCAUACAAUACAAUAUAUUACAAAGUGAUGGCGAUAUAUACAGUGGUUUUAUAUAUUACACUAAAAUAAAACAGGUAAUAGUUUUUCUUAUGUGGUACCUAGAUAACUUAAUAUCCCUAUGCACCAAUCUUAAAUAAUG